UGCAGACUCAGCCAGCCCUGCACCUCAGAGACAAAAAACAAACAAAAAGCAGACGGGGGAAGAGCCAUGGUGUCAGCGGGCUUCCAAAUCCUGGGCGCCGCCCUGGGGAUCCUGGGCUGGAUCGGGGCCAUCGUCACGUGCGCCCUCCCCAUGUGGAGGGUGACGGCGUUCAUCGGCAGCAACAUCGUGACCUCGCAGACCAUGCAGGAGGGCGUGUGGAUGAGCUGCGUGGUGCAGAGCACGGGGCAGAUGCAGUGCAAGAUCUACGACUCCAUGCUGGCGCUCACCUCCGACCUGCAGGCCGCCCGCGCCCUCAUGGUCAUCUCCAUCGUGGUGGGCGUCAUGGCCAUCCUGCUGGCGGUGGCGGGGGGGAAAUGCACCAACUGCGUGAAGAACCCGGCCUCCAAGACCAAGGUGGCCAUCGCCGCCGGCGCAGUCUUCAUCAUCGCCGGCGUCCUCUGCCUGGUCCCCGUGUGUUGGACGGCACACAGCGUGGUGCAAGACUUCUACAACCCGCUGGUGGUCAGCGCCCAGAAGAGAGAGCUGGGGGCGGCAGGACGAAAUGGCCUCCAGAUGCUGGCCGUGCUGCUGGCCUUCAUGGGCUGGGUGGGCGCCAUCGUCACGUGCGCCCUGCCCAUGUGGCGGGUGACGGCGUUCGUGGGCGCCAACAUCGUGACGGCGCAGGUGAUCUGGGAGGGUCUGUGGAUGACCUGCGUGGUGCAGAGCACGGGCCAGAUGCAGUGCAAGGUCUACGACUCCAUGCUGGCGCUGCCCCAGGACCUGCAGGCGGCCCGCGCCAUGGUGGUGGUCUCGGUGAUGGUGGGCGUGCUGGGCGUGCUGGUGGCGGCGGCCGGCGGGAAGUGCACCAACUGCGUGGAGGACGAGACGGCCAAGGCCAAAGCGUGCAUCGUGGCGGGCGUCAUGUUCGUCAUCGGCGCCCUGCUCGUCAUGAUCCCCGUGUCGUGGUCGGCCCACACCGUCAUCCGGGACUUCUACAACCCGCUGGUGACCGCCGCUCAGAGGCGGGAGCUCGGCGCCGCGCUCUACAUCGGCUGGGGCUCGGCCGCCAUGCUGCUGCUGGGGGGGGGGAUUCUAUGCAACAACUGCCCGCCCAGCGACAGGCGCCCCUACGCGCCCGCCAAGUUUGUGUCCGCCAGGAGCGCCUCGUCCAACGUGGACUACGUAUGAGAAGACGGGAGAAGAUUCCAGAAUCCUGCAAAUAACUUCAGUGUCUUGUUUUUUCAAAGACUCUUGUUGACGUUGAAGGAAAUCUUUCAUUAUUAUUUCACUUCUUUCUAAUACGCAAGUUAAUCUUCAAAGCUUUUUUGUUUUGUUGUUGUGAUCUAUACUGAAUGAAGAUAAAUGUGUCUGGAAUGGAAUACUUCUGUCAGUACACUUCAGUGUGUGUACUGUGUACUUAAUACGCACAUGUUAACAAAGUAGUAUUGUCCCAGAUACAUUACUGUAUUUGUGUACUAACUGUCAUGGUCCUUUGUUAUCAACUUCCUGUGUUCUUCCUGUCCAGCGCUCUUAUUUUGGUGUCUAUUUCCUGUCACUGUUGCCAACCAGGCUGCUGUAUACGCCAGCUGUGCCCGUUGAACAGGUCUGGAUCAUAGUCUGCUUAGUGCGCUAAUGUCUGUGAUUGUUUAUUCUCUGCUCUUUGCUCUUUUCUUUGUUGUCUUUUUGUAGGUUUUUUCAUUAAAAGAAAAAAGUAUAUUUUUGCAUUUUUCCAUGUCCCAAUUUUUUUCUUUAUAGUUUUGGUUGUGUUUUUUUUACAUUUCCAGUUGUCUGCGUUUUUCUUUUGUCUUUUUCUUUUUGUUCUAUUAUUCUGUAUUUUAUAUUUUUAUUCUCAUUUGCCUUUUUUCUUCUUUUAUUUUUUUCCUAAUUUUAUAUUGUUCUCUUUUUUUAAAGUUAUGCUUCUUUUUUGUUUUUUAUCUUUUUAUUUUUGUUUUAAUUUUAAAAUUAAGAUUUUGGCAUUUCUUUUAUUUCCUUUUAAUUAGGGAUGUCCGAUAAUGGCUUUUUGCCGAUAUCCGAUAUUCCGAUAUUGUCCAACUCUUUAAUUACCGAUACCGAUAUCAACCGAUACCAAUAUCAACCGAUAUAUGCAGUCGUGGAAUUAACACAUUAUUAUGCCUAAUUUGGACAAC